AUGCCGCGCGAAAUUAUCACGCUCCAGGCCGGUCAAUGCGGUAACAGCGUCGGCCAGCAGUUCUGGCAGCAGCUAUGCCAGGAGCACGGUAUCAAUCGCGACGGAAACCUUGAAGACUUCGCGACUGAAGGCGGUGACCGCAAAGAUGUCUUCUUCUACCAGUCGGACGAUACGCGCUACAUCCCACGAGCCAUACUAUUAGAUCUGGAACCCAGGGUACUCAAUUCAAUCCAAUCGAGUGCAUACAAGAACAUUUACAACCCCGAAAACUUCUACAUACACAAAGAGGGCACAGGCGCAGGAAAUAAUUGGGGAGCCGGCUACAGUAUGGGCGAGCAGGUGCAGGAAGAGAUUCUGGACAUGAUCGACCGCGAGGCAGACGGCUCAGAUUCGCUCGAAGGCUUCAUGCUCUUACACUCGAUCGCAGGCGGCACAGGAUCUGGCCUGGGGUCUUUCUUACUUGAAAGAUUGAAUGACAGGUUUCCGAAGAAGCUGAUUCAGACAUACAGUGUGUUCCCGAACACACAGGAGGGUGACGUCGUGGUGCAACCAUACAACAGUAUGCUUAGUAUGCGGCGCCUGACGCAAAACGCCGACUCGGUGGUGGUACUCGACAACGGUGCUCUAUCCAAGAUCGCGGCCGAUAGGCUACAUGUGCAAGCACCUUCCUUCCAGCAGACGAACCAGCUCGUCUCCACAGUCAUGUCUGCCAGUACAACGACCCUUCGCUACCCCGGAUAUAUGCACAAUGACCUUGUCGGCAUAGUAGCAUCGCUAAUUCCUACCCCUCGCUGUCACUUCUUGAUGACCUCCUACACACCGUUCUCUGGCGAGAAUGUAGAGCAAGCCAAGACAGUGCGAAAGACGACCGUUUUGGACGUGAUGAGGCGACUGUUGCAGCCUAAGAGCAGGAUGGUGUCUACCAACCCAACCAAGAAGAGCUGCUACAUGUCGAUUUUGAAUAUCAUCCAAGGCGAGGCCGAUCCGACAGAUGUCCACAAAUCACUUCUACGAAUUCGGGAACGUCGUCUCGCUACGUUCAUCCCAUGGGGUCCCGCAUCGAUCCAAGUUGCCCUAACCCGAAAGUCUCCUUACGUUCAGUCAUCACAUCGGGUCUCAGGUCUGAUGUUGGCAAACCACACUGGUAUCGCGACCCUCUUCAAGCGUAUGGUCAUGCAAUACAAUACGCUACGGAAACGAAACGCUUUCCUCGAGCCGUACAAGCGCGAGGCUCCUUUUCGGGACGGCCUGGGAGAGUUCGAUGAAGCAAAAGAGGUAGUACAGAGCUUGAUUGACGAGUACGAAGACGCGGAAAAUCCAGACUACCUCAGCAAAGAGGAUCCACCCGCAGACGAGGGCGAUGACAAGCGCGUUGCGUAG